UUGAUGCUUUCCGCGUUGUCUUACGUAGUCAUUUGCGUUGUACGUUAUUCACAAUACGAAUCCGAGUGUUUCAACAUCACUGUUUUCCUGUUUUUUGUGUCUUCAGUCUCGCUAAUUAUCUUCAUGAAUCCUUUGAAUUCUAAAUCAAAUCGAGGUGGUGCUCGCAAACAGCGUGGUGCGUCAAAUCAAGGACGAGGUCGAGGGCAAGUUCAAGGACGAGGUCGAGGACAAAUCCAAGGAGGAGGUCGAGGACAAGGUCAAGAACGAGGUCGAGGUCGAGGACGAGGUUCCUACCGAGAUGCGGUUCUUACAAGAACUGACCUACCUCCACCUCCAAAAUCUGCUGAUGGAUUACCGUCUUCUACAAUUGCUGAUCUAGUUCUGCGUCAAACAUCUGCUGCUGGAUCUUCGACAUCUACAAGAGUUGGCCUACCUCCACCUCCGAUAUCUGCUACUAGAUCAUCGGCUUCUGCAAGUACUGAUCGACCUCUGCGUCAAACAUCUGCUGCUGGAUCUUCGUCUUCUACAAGUACUGACCCAUCUCCACCUCCGAUAUCUGCUAAUAGAUCAUCGGCUUCUGCAAGUACUGAUCGACCUCUGCGUCAAACAUCUGCUGCUGGAUCUUCGUCUUCUACAAGUACUGACCCAUCUCCACCUCCAAUAUCUGCUGAUGGAUUACCGUCUUCUAUAAUUGCUGAUUUAGUUCUGCGUCAAACAUCUGCUGCUGGAUCUUCAACAUCUACAAGAACUGACCCAUCUCCACCUCCAAUAUCUGCUAAUAGAUCAUCGGCUUCUGCAAGUGCUGAUCUAGCUCUGCGUCAAACAUCUGCUGCUGGAUCUUCGUCUUCUACAAGAACUGACGCACCUCCAAUAUCUGCUAAUAGAUCAUCGGCUUCUGCAAGUGCUGAUCUAGCUCUGCGUCAAACAUCUGCUGCUGGAUCUUCGUCUUCUACAAGAACUGACGCACCUCCAAUAUCUGCUAAUAGAUCAUCGGCUUCUGCAAGUGCUGAUCUAGCUCUGUGUCAAACAUCUGCUGCUGGAUCUUCGUCUUCUACAAGAACUGACGCACCUCCAAUAUCUGCUAAUAGAUCAUCGGCUUCUGCAAGUACUGAUCGACCUCUGCGUCAAACAUCUGCUGCUGGAUCUUCGUCUUCUUCAAUAACUGACCCACCUCCAAUAUCUGCUAAUAGAUCAUCGGCUUCUGCAAGUGCUGAUCCACCUCUGCGUCAAAUAUCUGCUGCACCGUCUGAACAGAUGAAAAUUUUGAAACGACGCCUAAGAUAUGUGGAGAGGAACAACAAGAAAUUACAACGUCAAAAGUUUAAUACUCAGCGAGGUGUUAAUGCAUUAACCAAUAAUCAACAACAAUUGUCCAAUCGCUCUCGAACAUUCAAUCAUACUCAACGUUCUAAUCAGGCUCAAACUUCCAAUUCAGUUCAAUCAAGUCCGAUCCAAGUUGUUCCCGUUCAACCUGCACUUCAUUUACAACCUGCGCCCUUGCACCAUCUUUCCAACAAUUAUCAGCUGAUUUUUCCUCCAGCACAUCAACCACAUUACCAGCCUCUGUAUCAACCUCAAUAUCAGCCUCUAUAUCAAUCUCAACCUGUCUCUGUAAACUAUCAUCCGACGCCAAUCCAGUAUCAGAUAGUUUUGCCACAUCAACCUUCACUACCAUAUUUACCUCUUAAUUGAUCUUGGAAACUACAACUUCUCUAAUUAUUAUUAUUUGCGCUAUUACUAUUUUUACUUUUAAAAAACUAAACAUUUUUAGUUCAAAUUAAAUAAGUUUUAUUUUAUAAUUUCAACGACCAUUAUUUUAUUUUUAACAAGUGUCGAAAAUUUUCUAAUUAAUUAUCUUUAAUAAUAAAUAAUUUAUAUGCCAAAAAAUAACUAAUUAGCCCGACGAAUCCAUGGUGACCGUGCUUAGAUAAACCCAGCUCCAACUAAUCUAACAAUCUUAUUAAAUAUUUCAACAUUUCAUUAACUUCACAUAAAUUAUCAUCUUUAUUAUUAUUCAAUCUUCAAUAUUAUAAACUUUAAGAUUAUUUAUAUAAGUAUACAUAUUUAAUUAAACACAUUAAUUAUUCUUAAUUUAAUCGGUGUCACUGCCAAACACGUAUCAAUCGGCACGGAGUUGAUAAAAUGAGCCAAAAAAUUAUAAAUUAAGAGUAAAAUUAUUAAAAUUACAAAUCUGUUCAUCUUGAAAAUUGAAAGAAAAAAAAUCAAAUUUACAAUAAAAAAAUUAAUGCGCUGUAAUUAUCUGAUUAAGCCAGAGAAAAAAAUAAUUUACACGUUUAAUAACGUGUCAAACAGUUAUGACAUCACUUUAAUUACAUUAAUAAAAACACAGGUCGCUGAUUGAUAGCCGAUUAACAUUUAAAUAAACGAUUUAAAAAAAAAAAUUAAACCAGCAUGGUGAUAUCAUCUCUGUUGGCAUUGAAUCUUUUUGAUAGAUUUAAUUAAACAUCUUUAAUCACUAUUAAAAUUUAAAUUAAUCAUUAAGAAAAAGGUUUAUAUGCACAAAUAGGGAUUAAUAUGUAUUAAUUUUUUUUAGGCAAUCAGAGUAAGAUUAUUAUUACAAUUAUAAUUAUCAAUUAUUAUUAUUAUUAUUGUAAUUAUUAUUAUUAAUGAUAUGUAAUCUAGAAGAGAGCCGAGUCCUGAUUAAAUAAUUUGGCAUUGCUUAUCUCAUUUUUGAUUCCCGAUAAAAAAAGAUUUUAUACAAUUAUAUAUAGACUAUAUAUAAUUGGAUAGAAAAAAUGG